AUGGACGCUCUAUGGACUAAUCUUCCACCUGUUACCAAGGGUUGGUGUAUGGCAUCGUUAGCUAUAUCAACACUCGUUACCAUGAACAAAUUGAAACCUAUAAAUUUAUACUUUAUACCGGUCAAAAUAUACAACCAAAAUCAAACAUGGCGACUAAUUACUUCAUUUGUAACAUUUGGUGAACUAAGUAUGGAAUUGGUUUUUCGUUUAUGGGGCAUUUCUUCUUCGUGUCGAGAAAUUGAAAGUCUAUAUCAAACUAAAUUCACCCAAUUUCCUUUAUAUCUUGUUGAUGAUUUGACUACUGAGCAAUUAAGCAUCUUAAAACAAUUAAUUGAAAGAAACAGGUCUAUUGACUUUUUGUACUUUGCCAUGCAAAUAUGUAUCUCAAUUAUUGUCUGUGCCACAAUUCUAUUUUACAAAACGAAUAUGCUUUUACCUCAAUUGGGACUUGUUUUGAUUCACGUGUUUCAAUAUUACAGUUCCAAGUUGACCCCGUUGGAAAUGUUUAACUAUUUUGGAUUUCACUUUAGAAACAUGUAUCGUCCAUAUUUUCUUGCACUCAUUAGUCUUCUCCUAAGUGACGGAGAUGGUGGACAAAAUUAUGAACCAAAUCAAAAUAGAAAUGGUAACAAUUGGGGCUUUCAAUCUUGGAAAAUAUGGACUAUUUUUCAAAAGCCAGUUGUUUGGUUUUAUGUUAUAAGUUUUGGUUUGGGACAUUUUUGGUGGUGUACUAGAGAGAUUAUACUAGGAAAUAUUCACUACAAUGAUGGCGGUGAUGCUCUGAGCUUAGAAGAGGAGGCAAGAAACAAGAGAAUAAAGAAGAGAAAACUACUUCAGCAAAAUGGUAUCUGGAAGUUUGACCUAAUAAAGGAAGCUUUAGUUAUAUUGAUGUUGCCCCCUUGGUACUGGAUAAUGUUGUCAAAAAUCAAGCAACAACAACCACACAGAGCACGCCGUCAACAUCGUGUACCAAAUCCAAUACAAGCUCCCCUAGAAGCUGAGAUUCAGGAACGUAUAGAAGAGGAUGAAGAGCGUGCAGAGGAGCAAGUAAUACGACAAUUGGAUCAAGUUGAGUAG